AUGGCUUCCAAGGGAGGUGAUAAGGACAUGGUUAUCACUCAAAUUGGCGUUGGUGGGUUUGAAGAUUUUGUCACUGCCAAAAUGCUGAUGGACUAUUUCGAAGAAAAUUUUGGACUGGUUUGGAGGUGCCGAUUGAAGACUUCCUCAACCCCACCUGAAUCAUAUCCAAAUUAUGAGGUCGAUACUGAGAGUGUCCAGAAAAAGCACAACUAUGAGAAAGUUAAACCCCAUGCAUUCAUGCAUUUUGCUCUUUCUUCUUCAGCAAUGUCUGCAUUGGAUGCUGCUGGCCGUAAUGAGCUUAUUCUGGGCAAGAAUCUAUUGAAAGUCAGUUUGGGACCUGAAAAUCCAUACCGCAUGAAUGAGAGGAGGAGAACUAUCCCACCCUUUAAGUUAUCCAAUGUUUGUGUUGAGAUUGGACUUAUGAGGGGCCAAGAUGAUUUUGUUGUUGGUUGGAGGGGACCUCGUAAUGGGGUUGAUUUUCUUGUUGAUCCUUUCAAUGCGACAUGCAAACUACUUUUUACGAAAGAGACUGCUUUUACCUUCAAAGGUGAAUCUAAAACCACUGUAAUAAAGUGCAAUUUUAAGAUCGAGUUCUUGCCAAGAGAAAUCAAUGAAAUAAAACAGUAUCGAGAUUCUUCUUCUUUGAUAAUUCUGUUGCAGCUGGCUUCGUCUCCUGUUGUUUACUACAGAACUGCAGAUGAUGAUAUUGAAGAAUCUGUCCCAUUUGAUUUGUUGGACGACGAUGAUCCAUGGAUUCGUACUACAGAUUUUAUACCUAGUGGGGCAAUUGGUAGGUGUAACAUUUACCGAAUUUCAGUUCGACCCCGGAACGGUCCAAACUUCAACAAGGCUCUUGAAUAUCUUCAAAAACUUAGGGUACCAGUUCUAAACAACAGCCCUCAGCUAAGGGUACGGGAUGAGCCUGAUUUUGGGGUGCCCUUGCCGGAUCCCUUUUUCUGUAUUCAGUACAAGGAAGGGAUAACCUUCAAGAUUUUGUUUUUGGUAAAUGCCAUCAUGCACAAAGGGAUAAUCAAUCAGCAUCAGAUGUCUGAUGAGUUUUUUCAUCUGUUGAGAAUUCAACCUGAGAUAGUCAAUUUAGUUGCAUUAAAGCAUAUAUGGUCUCUAAAGCAUCCUUGGUAUGAUGCUUGUAAGAAUCUAGGAUUUGUUCAGAAAUGGCUGUUGAAAAACCCUAAGCUUCUUGAGGGACGUCGAGAGUUGGACGACAUUGUUGAAGUUAGACGGUUGAUCAUAACUCCAGCAAAAGCCUACUGUCUUCCACCAGAAGUGGAACUUUCCAAUAGGGUUCUGAGGAAUUACAAGAAUGUAGCUGAUCGCUUCCUCAGGGUUACUUUUAUGGACGAGGGAAUGCGGAAACUCAAUAAAAACGUACUUACUUAUUAUGCUUCUGGCAUUGUGAGGGACAUCACGUCCAAUUCUAAUCCGCUAAGAACUUCAAUGUUCAAAAGGGUGAAGGAUAUACUAAGUAACGGGUUCUAUUUGUGUGGUCGAAAAUACUCUUUUCUGGCUUUCUCAGCUAAUCAACUGCGGGACAGUUCGGCCUGGUUUUUUGCUGAAAACGAAACUAUUGGAGUGCCCAGAAUUAAGAGUUGGAUGGGAAAGUUUACUAAUAGGAACGUUGCAAAGUGUGCUGCUAGGAUGGGGCAAUGUUUCUCGUCAACUUACGCCACAGUGGAAGUCCCAGCAGCUGAGGUUGAUCCUAAGCUUCCUGAUAUUCUAAGAAAUGGAUAUGAUUUCUCUGAUGGAAUCGGUAAAAUAUCCACUGAUCUUGCAAUGAGAGUUGCAGAGAAACUACAAUUGACUGUAAAUCUUCCAUGUGCUUAUCAGAUCAGGUAUGCUGGUUGUAAAGGUGUCGUUGCAUGUUGGCCUGCAAAAAAUGAUGGGAUCCACUUGUAUCUCAGACCAAGCAUGAAAAAGUUCGAGUCAAAUCACACGAUGCUUGAAAUUUGUUCUUGGACUAGAUUUCAGCCCGGUUUUCUAAAUCGGCAGAUAAUUACUCUACUCUCUGCUUUGGAUGUUAAAGAUGAUAUAUUCUGGAAAAUGCAGGAAACCAUGGUUUCAAGACUUGAUCACAUGCUCGUAGACACUGACACGGCUUUUGAUAUUCUUACUGCUUCCUGUGCCGAGCAAGGAAAUACAGCAGCAAUAAUGUUGAGCGCUGGUUUCAGACCUCAAAGCGAACCUCAUCUUAGUGGGAUGCUAACUAGCAUAAGAGCUGCCCAGCUUGGAGACUUGAGGGAAAAAGCAAGGAUCUUUGUUCCUUCUGGAAGGUGGUUGAUGGGCUGCUUGGAUGAGCUUGGUAUACUCGGACAAGGCCAAUGCUUCAUCCAAGUGUCAAAUCCCUCAUUAGAAAACUGUUUUGUGAAGCAUGGUUCAAAGUUCUCUGAAACCAAUAAAAAUCUACAGGUAAUCAAGGGCCUUGUGGCAAUUGCCAAAAACCCCUGUCUUCAUCCUGGUGAUGUGAGGAUUCUGGAGGCAGUAGAUAUCCCUGGGUUGAAGCAUCUUUAUGAUUGUCUUGUCUUCCCUCAAAAUGGGGACAGACCCCAUACGAAUGAGGCAUCUGGGAGUGACCUUGAUGGGGAUCUCUAUUUUGUUACUUGGGAUGAAAAUCUUAUUCCUCCAAGCAAGACAAGCUGGGUUCCGAUGGAGUAUGCGCCUGGAGAAGUCAAAACAUUGCCGCGUGAUGUGCAGCACAAGGACAUUGUUGAUUUUUUCUCGAAGAACAUGGUGAAUGAAAGCCUAGGCACAAUUUGCAAUGCUCAUGUGGUUCAUGCCGACCUUAGUGAAUAUGGUGCAUUGGAUGAGAAGUGCACCAGACUAGCAGAGCUUGCAGCAACAGCAGUUGAUUUCCCAAAAACUGGAAAGAUAGUGACCAUGCCGGCUGCACUGAGACCAAAACUGUAUCCGGACUUCAUGGGGAAAGAGGAAUUUCAGUCGUACAGAUCCAGUAAAAUUUUGGGUAAGCUGUACCGCAAAAUUAAAGAUGCUUACGACGAAGAUUACGAGGGAUCUUCUGGACUUGCAUUUGCUUCAAAAGAGAUUCCUUACGACCGAGACCUCGAGAUUCCAGGAUCUGAUAGUUUUAUUGCUGAUGCAUGGAAUUGCAAAUGUGCUUAUGAUGGGCAGUUGAACUGCCUUUUGGGACAGUACAAAGUGAACAGAGAAGAGGAGGUUGUUACUGGACAUAUUUGGUCGAUGCCAAAGUACAGUAGCAAAAAGCAAGGGGAAUUGAAAGAGAGACUGAAGCAUGCCUACAAUACCCUCAAGAAGGACUUCAGGAAGGUGUUUGACAGCCUGGAUGUCUCAGAUUUUGAUGACCUUUCUGAUGAUGAGAAAAAUGUAAUAUAUGAAAGGAAGGCAUCGGCAUGGUAUCAAGUAACUUAUCAUCCUAAAUGGGUUCAAAAGUCUCUCGAGUUGCAAGUUCCAGAUUGUGUUGGGAAGUCUGUAAUGUUGAGUUUUGCUUGGAUUGCAGCCGAUUAUCUUGCCCGAAUAAAGUUUAGGCGCAGGGGAACCAAAAAUGUAGAGUCGAAUAAGCCCAUCGAUUAUCUGGGAAGAUACCUUGCUGAUAAGAUAUGA